AAGUCACUACACAAUACACACACAGAGACUGGAAGACUAAAGUAGAAAAGACACAGCCUUCUUUUCUUUUCCUUUCCUUUAUUUUAUAAUUUCCUCUCUUCCUUUGGUUACUUUUCUAAUUUCUCUCUCCUUCUCUCGCUCACCACAAAUUCACAAAUUCACAAAUUCCAGUUAUAUUUGAAAUGGAAGACAGCUCAAUGGGCGGUGCGCUAGUCCCCACCGUGAAAGCAUGUGAACACUUACCAGGCUCCGCCACCGAAACGGCGUCGGAGGAGCCGGACAAGGACAUUAUGUGCCCGAUAUGCAUGCAGAUCAUCAAAGACGCCUUCCUCACUGCUUGUGGCCACAGUUUCUGCUACAUCUGCAUUCUCACUCACCUCCGCAUCAAGAGUGAUUGCCCUUGCUGCGCUCAUUCUCUCACCACAGACCUCAUUUUCCCCAAUUUCUUGCUCGACAAGUUGCUGAAAAAUGCUUUGGCUUCUCAAAUGGCGAAGACUGCAUCUCCAUUUGAACAACUUCGUCGGGGACUGCACCAGACAGGGUUGCGAGAUGUCGAUUAAAGAGCUGGACGGCCUGUUGUCUCUCCUUGAAGAGAAGAAGAGAAAAAUGGAGCAACAAGAAUCUGAGACGAGCAUGGAGAUCAUGCUUGGCUUCUUACAUUGCCUGAAAAAGCAAAAGUUCCAAGAGCUCAGUGAGAUAGAGGCCGAUCUUCAGUACAUCAAGGAGGACAUAACUGCGGUUGAGAGACGGAGACUAGAGCUGUGCAGCUGGGAACAGGAGAGCUCAAUAAAGCUGAAAAUGCUUGCUCCUGGUGAUCAGCAGCAGCACAGCAAUGGCAUUGUCUGUAGCACGCAACACGUGCAAGCUCCGAUGAGUUGCAACGAUUUACUGAACAAAAGAUCUGAUGUAAAGGCUCAAGCAAUUUUCAAGGCACUCCAACUAAAUAAUGAUUGUGGCAGCAGCUCUGAUAUGCAGUGUAUGACAACACCAGGUGUAGCAUCACUAGCAAGAAAAAGGAGAGUCCAUUCACAGUUCAAUCACCUACAAGAGUGCUACUUGCAAAAGCGACGAAAUUGGUACAGACAGGAAGAAAGGGGCGCAAACACUAUGAAUAUAGAAGGUUAUAAUCCAGGCCUUGAAGAUUUUCAAUCUGUGCUUACAAGCUUUACACAAUACAGUCGAAUGAGGGUCAUUGCUGAACUGAGGCAUGGUGAUCUUUUUCACUCUGCCAAUGUUGUGUCCAGUAUAGAAUUUGAUCGUGAUGAUGAACUGUUUGCUACUGCUGGAGUUUCACGGUGCAUAAAAGUUUUUGAAUUUUCCUCGGUGGUUAAUGAACCAGCAGAUAUCCACUGUCCUAUGGUAGAGAUAUCCACACGAUCCAAACUUAGUUGCUUGAGCUGGAAUAAGUACACUAAAACCCAUAUUGCCAGUAGCGACUAUGAGGGGAUAGUAACUGUUUGGGAUGUAACUACUCGUCAGAGUGUGAUGGAAUAUGAGGAGCAUGAAAAGCGGGCUUGGAGUGUUGAUUUUUCGUCUAUUGAUCCUUCAAUGCUCGUGUCCGGAAGUGAUGACUGCAAGGUCAAAAUUUGGUGCUCAAAGCAAGAAGAAAGUGUUCUUAACAUCGACAUGAAGGCAAAUAUUUGUUCUGUCAAGUAUAAUCCUGGAUCCAGCUUUUUUGUGGCAGUUGGCUCUGCAGAUCAUCACAUUCAUUAUUAUGACUUGAGAAAUAUCAGCCAACCACUGCAUGUCUUUAGUGGGCAUAGGAAAGCUGUUUCAUAUGUGAAAUUCUUGUCUAACAAUGAACUUGCUUCUGCAUCCACUGACAGCACAUUGCGAUUGUGGGAUGUAAAGGAAAACUUGCCUUUGUGCACGUAUAGAGGCCACAUGAAUGAGAAGAAUUUUGUGGGUCUUGCGGUAAAUAACGAAUAUAUUGCUUGCGGCAGCGAGACAAAUGAAGUGUUCGUUUACCAUAAGGCAAUCUCAAAACCUAUGGCUUGGCAUAGAUUUGGCUCUUCGGAUUUAGGCGAGAAUGACGACAACACAGGAUCAUACUUUAUUAGUGCUGUAUGUUGGAAGAGGGAUAGCCCAGUGCUAUUGACUGCAAACAGUCAAGGAACAAUUAAAGUGCUUCUACUUGCAGCAUGAUAUCGGUAAUCAAGUAAAAAUUUCUUUUAAGGUAUCGCCAACGCAAAGAUAUACAUAAAUUU